CAAGGAAGAAGGUAUGCAAGUCAAAGACCGACAGAACACAAAACGAUGACGAAUGUGUCUUGUUUUCGUGGGUCAGACACUACUUGGGAAGUUUAUCUUGAGUCACACUUCACUUUGAUGGCGACGCAGAAGCAGACGACGGAGAAGAGGAAACAAAACCAAAAUUCAAGUAAGCACGAUCCUUAAAAGGGAACCUAUUAUGCUCAUUUUCCGAGUCGUGGACUCCUAUAGAGCAAGCUACACACAAUAACCCACACAGAAAAUUGUAGAUCUUCCAGAAUAUGCACCUAUUCCAGGUGUAUUUCGUCAUUGUGUUCAUUGUCGGACACACUUUGUCAAAGGAGCUAAGAAGCCGGACGUGAGGGCCAUUUAUCAUGCCCAACCUCAUCCCACCGAAGAUUCCAGAUGGAGAGAAAGUGGAUUUUGAUGACAUACAUCGCAAACGAAUGGAGAAGGACCUGAUGGAGCUUCAAAUGUUAAUCGAGGUUCAUUUUGAAAGCCGAAAGAAGGAAGAAGACGAGCUCAUUCAGCUCAAAGACCGAAUAGAGAGCCGCCGCUCUGAGCGAGCGGAGCAGCACAGAAUCCGCAGCGAACGCGAGAAGGAGCGGCAAAAGCGUCUGGAGGACGAGCGAGCUCGUAAAGAGGAGGAAGAAGCCAAGAAACGAGCGGAGGACGACGCCAAGAAGAAGAAAACACUGACUAGUCUGCACUUUGGGGGUUACAUGCAGAAACUGACGGAGAAGCGUAGCGGCAAGAAGCAGACCGAAAGAGAGAAGAAGAAGAAGAUCCUGAGUGAAAGACGUAAAUCUCUCGAUAUUGAAAACUCCAACCAGGAGCAGCUCAAAGCGAAAGCGAAGGAGUUGUGGGAGUGGAUCCACCAGUUGGAGGCAGAGAAGUUUGAAUUGCAGCACCAGAUCAGCAGCCAGAAAUACGAGAUUAAUGUACUGAGGAACCGUGUAAGUGACCAUCAGAAAACAUCCAAGAGGACCAAAAGGGGUCUGAGGAAAUAGAUGAACAAUUUAGCCGUCCCGCACCGAAACUAUAUAGUUUCCAUACUGUAUGUGCGUCAUGGAUCUUUGCUGCAUUAUUGAAUAUAAAUAAAAACCCUUUCAGUCCA